CGUUCUUCCCCUUCUCUCCUUCGACUAUCACCAGCAGCGUCUUAUGCUACACCAGCAAUUCGCUCUAGGACCUACAGCAUGAGCAACGACAACGCCGAUUCUACCAAACCCGCCGAGCCCCUGCUCCUCGAGGACAAGGCCGCGAACGAGAGCGUGACACGCCUCGACGUCGAUGGAAACAAAGUCCCUCUCCUCGACGAGCUUGGGCCGAUGGUGGUUAACAGCGAUGGGACCCUCUCAAGGAUAGCCAACUGGACAGAGAUGACAGAGGCGGAGAAGAAAAAUACGCUUCGUGUGCUUUCGAAGAGGAAUCAAUUGCGACUGGUGAAUGCGAAGGAAGCAUCAGGGAACGCUGCAGAGAGUGCAUGAACUUGUAUGACAACGUCGACAAAUUAUAUUCGGGGUCGAGAAGCAAUGCUAUUGUACAGUAGGCAGAAAUUACGAGCGAAAAGGAAGGCAAGCAUAUAUACAAUGGAUUUGAAAGCCACGAAAGGACAAGGAAAGCAGCGUAAUAGGUCGCGAGACUGGAAGAGUAUCAAGGUAGUAGGAGCCAAAAAGAUAAAACAUAAGAUUCAUUCUAGGGAAACCGGCCGUUCACCCACAGUUGCCAACCCACUAGGCUUUCUCACCGGCGUAGGUCGCCUUUCCUGAGAGAGCACGCGCGGAUCGAACCCAUCUUGUCCGCCACCCUCAUCGCCGACACUGUCCCUACGCUCCUCCGCCCUCGCAACUUGAACAUCCUCGCCACCGACGCCUCCCACAUAUCGCGGCGGCAGCUCCACCACCCGCGUAUCGUCGCCAUGGUACACCGUCACCGGCGC